GUUUUGCCGAUCAGUUUCGGUAUAUAAGGCGACGUGUCAGAGGGGUUGAGCAUCAGUCACUAGCAAGCUAAAGACUAACCACAACGCAAUCAAUAUGAAGUACACGAUCGUCCUCGUCGCUGCCCUGGCCAUGGCUUCAGCCAGCCCCGAUCGCGAGCGUCGCUCCCUCGGCUGGGGACACAAUGGAGCAGUGGUAUUGGGUGGCGUUUUACCCGCACUGGCACCUUCCGUGGCGGUCGUGGGGCCUGCUGGCCCAGCUGCAGCGGUCGUAGGGCCUGCUGGCCCAGCUGCGGCGGUCGUCGGCCCUGCUGCCCCGGCUGCAGCGGUCGUCGGCCCUGCUGCCCCGGCUGCGGCUGUGGUUGGGCCAGCCGCCGGUUCCGCCGUGGUCGCUGGACCCGCCGCUGGCCCAGCUGCGGUCGUUGGACCCGCCGCAGGAGCAGCGGUCGUGGCUGGCCCCGCAGGAGCGGUGGUGGCGCCAGCAGCGCAUUGGUAGACCGAUCCCCCGGAUUCGACCACCUCCUCCUCCCCACAGCUUAAGACAACUCGAACGAUUUCUCUCGUGAACAUGGAAACGGCUUCUCAUCGACCUCCAUCCGCGGGACUUGGAUCAAGAAAA